AUGUUGCAGGAUAUGGGCCCCAUCCGCGAGGAUGGUAGUGAUAAAUUCUUUGGCAUGGAAAAUUAUGGUAAUACUUGUUACUGCAAUUCGAUACUACAAUGUCUUUAUUAUUCGAUACCUUUUCGAGAGGCCGUUAUAAAUUAUCCCACGCGAACGCCGAUCGAAAGCCUGGAGGCCGCUUUGGCCAAGAACCUCCGUUAUCAGAAUCCCGCCGCGAACCUGGAAGCCGAGGCACAGGCCGAGAAACAGAAGGCCGCUAAUCAGCAGCGGCCUGGCAUGCCGCCGAAUCCACCACAAAAACCGGAGGAUAAGGAUUCGCCGGAAUAUAAGAAGAAGAUGGCGCUGCAGACGCUCCCGCUUCUAGAAACCAAGAACAACGCGACCAGCUAUGGGAUGUCGGAAUCGCUAUUUACCUCGCUGAAGGAUAUCUUUGAGUCCGUCGUGGGCAGUCAUUCUCGGAUCGGUAUCAUUCGACCGCAACAAUUUCUGGAUGUUCUUCGACGGGAGCAUGAGAUGUUCCGGACGGCAAUGCACCAGGACGCCCAUGAAUUUCUCAACCUCCUGCUGAAUGAAGUGGUUGCCAACGUGGAGGAAGAGGCUUUCAAGCAGCCGGUCAUGAAGAGUCUCCCGCCGCCGGAGAGUACCGAAUCGGGCGAAUUGUCGAGCUCCGGGUCGAAAACACCCAAUACCACGCGGUGGGUGCAUGAACUGUUCGAAGGAACCUUGACAUCCGAGACGCAGUGCCUCACCUGCGAGAAGGUGUCCCAGCGCGACGAGGUCUUUCUGGAUCUUUCGGUGGAUUUGGAGCAGCACUUGUCGGUCACUUCCUGUCUCAGGAAGUUCUCCGCGGAGGAGAUGCUCUGCGAACGAAACAAAUUCCACUGCGACAACUGUGGAGGGUUGCAAGAGGCCGAGAAGCGGAUGAAGAUCAAGCGUUUGCCCCGGAUCUUGGCACUGCAUCUGAAACGAUUCAAAUACACCGAGGAUCUGCAGCGACUCCAAAAACUGUUCCAUCGAGUGGUCUACCCAUACCACCUUCGCCUUUUCAACACGACCGACGACGCCGAAGAUCCGGAUCGCUUGUAUGAGCUGUACGCAGUGGUGGUACACAUCGGUGGUGGACCCUAUCACGGACACUACGUUGCCAUCAUCAAGACCCAAGACCGCGGAUGGUUGUUGUUCGAUGAUGAGAUGGUGGAACCGGUUGACAAGAACUACGUCCGGAAUUUCUUCGGUGACAAACCGGGAUUGGCCUGCGCCUAUGUCCUGUUCUACCAGGAGACCACGCUGGAGGCGGUGAUGCGAGAGCAGGAACAGGAAAAUAUGGAUGCGGCUGCGGCUGCCGCCGAACUGAACGAGCUGAACCUCAAGCAGAAUGGUACCGUUCAGUCGCCGACGCUGGCCCACGUUCAUAGUGCUUCUCAGAUCCCGCCACCUGAUGACACCACCCGAUUUACUGGUCUCAAACGGGCGCCCACGGCGCCCCAGCUGUCCACCCAUCCCGAGUUUGCCGAUGCAGAGGCUGCCACUCCCUUGGGCUCGCCUGUCGCAAAUGCGCCUCCAGUACCUCCCCUCCCGGAUAUGGCAGCCCAACAGCCUCUAAGUCCCAAGAAGAGCGACGUGGGAUUAAAGAAGGAACGGGCUAGAGAAGAGAAAGAACGGAAGGCUGCUGAGAAAGAAAAAGAAAAGCAGCGCCGAAAAGAGCAAGAGACCAGAAUGAGGGAGAACCAGCGCCGCGAAGAGGCCGAAUUGAAGGCUGCCCUCGAAGCCAGCCGAACAUCCAAGGCGGACGAAGACCGGCGCAACGGCCCCGAGUCUGGAAAAGACAGCGACUCGAAGAAACUGGGUAGUUUGGGCCGUCUGAAGCGAGGCAGCAAGAGCAUCAGCCACCGAUUGGGCAAAGACAAAGAGAGCCGAGCCUCUUCCUCGAGUUUCCCCCCCACGCCCGUCCUUCCAGAACAUCAAGUCCCCGGGCGCAAUUCGGAGCAGCUGCCGCAUGUUACUACGCCUACACUACCAGCAAAGCCUGAACGAACUCAGACAACGCCCAACCAUAACCAUCAUGCAAAUCAUGCAAGUCAUGACGAAGAACGCGAUACCCUGAAAGACGUCAAACCCGACAAGAACAGCCAUGGGAAAUGGAGAAGCUUCAGCCUUAGAAAGAAGUCGUUCAGCAUUCUUUCUUAA